AUGGCUCCCUGGUCACGGGGACAGUGGCCAAGCGAUAGACGGGAAGAAAAGUGCGAGAUUUCUGUGCGAGAAUUGAGAAGACUGGACCGUCGAUCGUGGCUCGCCUCCGCCCUGGCUUCGCCACGAGCGAUUGCCGCAAACGACGCACACUCUUCCCUCGUUCAUAGCCAUCCCAGCACCUCAUCUGCCUCUCCGUAUCCCCUAACAUCACGAGCCCAUUCGGCGUUCUCUCUUCUCCUACCAGGAUCCUCAAGCUUGCACCAGUUCGCCACCGUUGGCGAGUGGUUGUGCUCACCGUUGCCCCCACCAUUGCCGCCCGUGCCACCGGCUCCGGUGGUGGACGGGGGCGGCGAUUUGCCGCUAUUUCCCCCGUUGAUGGUCGCAAUUCCAUCGCUGCUCGAGUCAUUGUCACCGCAUAUUCUUCGAUCACACAUGACAACGGCACAUUUUAAACCGAUACCCAACAAUGAGCGGGUGGACCUAGCUGGUUUCCGAGUGAAAGAGCCCCAGGAAUGGAGUGCUGACGAUGUGGUUGCGUGGAUGCUCGACGUCGCUCGAUCACACAAUAUACCGUUCGAGGAUUUCAAUAUGCAUCGGUUUGCCAACUUUGAUGGUAAAAGUAUGAUGAGAUUAUCGGAGACCUCUUUUCUGGAACUUGAUGCAAACUAUGGAGGGUUAUUGUUUCGAGAAUUCCGUAAAGCUUCAUCAGUGACUCCAGAAGAUACGGUAAUCGAUGAUGCGAUGAGAAAAUAUCGAGAGAGCGUUGAUGAGGAACAGCAAAGAACCCAAGUGCAAGAGUACAAGCCAAAUCCACUCCCAGAGUACAAGCAUCACCCUUUACCCCAGGCAUUACCCCAGGCAUUACCACAGGGUCCAUUGUUAGGGUCAGGAAUGUUAGGCCCAUUGCCGCCUCUUCUGAUGCCUCCUCCACGAUCAAUACCAUCCACCGGUCUUCCACAACCACUUGCAUUCACAGCUGCACCCGGUUUCUUACACGGCCACCAAUUCGAUCUCUCUGGAAAAGGACUCUCUUUACCGCCUCCACUACAAACCCAACAAUCGCAUCAACAAUCGCAAUCGUCGAUUGUUGACACGACGAGGCUACAAUUGGCACAAUCGCUGGCUGCUGCAAAUAGUCUAACAACUUUGCAGAAUUUGUCCACAAAUCUCAGCCUACAGCAGAUACAGGCUGCUUUGUCUCCUCGUUCACCGAUGAACACUCAAGGCUUGUCACCAGGCACAAUUGAUCUUCUCUCGAAAUACACGCAUCAACAGCCCGGCACAAGCAAUCAACACGAUGAGGAUUAUUCAUCUGAUGAUGAUGACAUGAAAGUGACCCGGAAUAAAGACGGUCGACCGAGGAAACGCUCACAGCACACAAAGGGGAACAAAUUGUGGGAAUUUAUUCGAGACGCGCUGAAAGAUCCACUUACAUGUCCAUCUAUUGUCAAAUGGGAAGACCCAAUCGAGGGUGUUUUUCGGAUCGUUGAAUCAGAAAAACUGGCUCGAUUAUGGGGUGAACGAAAGAACAAUCACAAGAUGACAUAUGAGAAAUUAUCACGAGCGAUGAGAACCUACUAUGAGAAGCAAAUCUUGGUGCCCGUGCCGAAGACGGGCCUUUACCCGAAGAAGCUCGUCUACAAAUUUGGUCCAUGUUCUCACGGGUGGCAAGGACUGAAGCAGCAUAUU